UUCAUAUCCACUUGGGAAUAUGCCAUUUGGAUCCUACAACUGAUCGUCCUCUCUAAACUGAUGAUUGGAUUUGGCAAUAUGUGAAACUCACAACUCCUUUUGACUACCGACGAUCCGAUCAAAGAAGAAGCAGAAGAAUCAGAUCUCAGCAACUAUGAAUUCGCUACCUGAAUGACGGUUUUAUCUGAAGUAUAUCAGCUCGUCGAUUUCAAUGUUGUUGAGAUUUCGAAUUGAGAUAAAUUUAUUCACGGCUACUGACAUUUCUCUACUUGUAUUUGCAAGUAUAUUUGUAAGUUUCCUAAAAUCAUAUAUGUUUAGUUGUGUUAGGGGCCUUCGAGUUUAUGAUCAUAUAUGAAAUUUUGAUUCGAACUUAUCAAGUGUUCCGGUUAAAGCUUCUUGGAUUCAUACGAAAAUUAGAUCAAUGCUGCAACUCACUAAAAACAAGGUUUAAAUUUCAAAAUCGGAACCUGAUUGUCCUGCCAGAAAUGUCUUAUAUCCAUUUAAGUUCAGUAAGUGGUUAUGUUUUGUAUUUGAAACCACAAAAAAAAAAAAAAAAAAAAUCAAUACUGCAGUGUUUGUAGUUUUGUCUUGAUUGAUGCAGACUCAAGGGGAAUGCCACUGCACUUUUGCCGUAAUCAACUCUAACUUUAUGAGUUAUGCAUUUAUAAUGUUUGAUAAGAAGCUUGUGGUUAUUAAAUUCGCUGCAGUCUUGCAUUAUUAAGUAGUUUCACUAUGGAGUCUCAUCUCAAGAGUCUGCUUCAUGUUUUGAUGUUCAUCUAUCUGUUCAUGGAGUUUUACUUAUGAAUUUUCAAUGAACGUAAUCUGAGACUGAGCAUAGAUCAUUAUUUCCUGUCACAAUUAUAGAAGUUAUGCACGGCUCUAUCCCUUCAGGUCUCAUUUAUUUUGUGUUUCUGCUGCUUCUUAUUGGGGGCUCUUCAAGACCACUCUAUCCACUACCAAGUAGAAGAAAUGAUAGAAAUAGACGACCUCUCCAAACCUUUCGGCCAUUUAACAUUGCGCAUCGUGGUUCGAAUGGAGAAAUUCCUGAAGAAACCACUGCUGCAUAUCUGAGAGCCAUUGAAGAAGGUGCUGAUUUCAUAGAGUCGGAUAUUUUGGCCUCCAAAGAUGGUGCUCUCAUAUGCUUCCAUGAUGUAUACCUUGAUGACACUACUGAUAUAUCCGAGCACAAGGAAUUCUCUGACAGAAAAAGGACCUACCGGGUUCAAGAGCAAAAUAUUACGGGUCAUUUUGUAGUUGAUUUCACACUAGAAGAAUUGAAGUCCCUUCGAGUGAAUCAAAGAUUUUCUUUCCGAGAUCAACAGUACAAUGGGAAGUAUAGUAUUAUCACAUUCGAGGAGUUCAUUUCAAUUGCUCUGGAUGCACAUAGAACUGUCGGGAUAUAUCCCGAGAUAAAAAACCCAGUAUUCAUCAAUCAACACGUGAAAUGGGCGGAUGGUAAGAAAUUUGAGGACAAAUUUGUGGAGACACUCGAGAAGUAUAGAUACAAAGGCUCUUACUUGUCCAAGCAAUGGCUAAGACAGCCCGUUUUUAUUCAGUCAUUUGCGCCGACGUCUCUUUUGUAUAUAUCAAAACUCACCGAGUUACCCAAGAUCUUUUUGAUCGACGAUAUGACAAUGCCAACUCAAGAUACGAACCAGUCCUAUUGGGAGAUCACUUCAGAUAGAUAUCUCGACUAUAUCAAGGAUUUUGUAGUUGGAAUUGGGCCGUGGAAGGACACUAUAGUUACUGUAUCGAAUAAUUAUCUACAAGCGACCACUGAUCUUGUAGCGCGAGCUCACGCCCGUAACCUUCAGGUGCAUACUUACACUUUCCGGAAUGAGAACAAGUACUUGCACUUCAACUUCAGCCAAGAUCCCUACAAUGAAUUCGAUUAUUGGAUAAACAAGAUGGGAGUCGAUGGGCUGUUCACGGACUUCACGGGAAGCCUACACCAGUAUCAAGAAUGGACGUCGCCUGCCAACUGAGACGACGAAUCUUCAUAUACUAAUUUGUGUUAAGAAUAUAACACGUGAAAAUCCAAAUGAAAAAAAAAAUAAAAAAUCAAAUAGAAUAUUGAAUAACACAAGAUCCAAGCCGCAUUCCACGCUAAUUUUUUUGAAGUAAAUUCGGUUCGCUACCGACUGUUUCUCAAAAUACAACGGAGAGGAGAGAGGUAGAGAUAUUCACUUGUAGGAUUUUUAGUUGUUUAUUUUUAUUAUUUUAAGGCUCGAGGCUCAUUUUUUGUCU